CCGGUUUAAGCGUUUCAUAUAGACGUUCGAAGAAGUAGCACGGACGCUUUUGCGACGCUUCUUGCUUCGCUUCAUUUGACGCCUCAGUAUGUCAUUAGCCUAAGGCUACUGACAUACUGGAGCGUCAAAUUAAGCGAAGCGUCGAGCGUAUAAGAAGCGAAACAAAUAGAAGCGUUGGGUAAAGCUUCCUAUGACAUACUGGAGCGUCGUUACGCGCGUUCGCAAUUUUGUUGUGCUGUCAUUAUCGUUGAUAUUUAGUAGCGGUUUCGUAUGAAGUAAAGAUGGAUUCGUCCGAUGAAGAAUUUUUUGCUUCUUUAAGCACGAUAAAUUUCGUUUUUGGCAAACAAAAAGAUUUUUCGGUACACCCAAUAAACCGAAAUAGAAGGAAUGAUGGAGAACACCACCAAAUUUAUGAAGAGCUCCGAAAAUAUCCGGACAAGUUUCGUUCAUACACUAGGAUGACCAUGGAAACUUUCGAUACGGUAUUAAAUUUGGUGCAGAAUAGACUAACAAAAAACUGGACAAAUUGCAAUAGUGAACCAAUUUUUCCUUGUGAACGAUUAGUGAUUACUCUAAGGUAAUAUAUGAUUGAAUAUUUAAAUUUUAUUGUAAAUUGAACCAGGCAUUUAUUUAUUUGAGUUCAACAUUAAAGUGAUCGAGAAACUCGACAUUUUCACUUACAUACGUUCCACGAUAGACUACAAAAUUCAUAAUUAUACCUGUACACAUAUUUGAAAACAUUAAUUUUUGAUUCAUAUUAAAUUGGUUUUAUACAAAUAUUUCGGAAUCAUGGUGUAGCAAAAAUGAAUGUUUUUGGAGUCACCAUGAUAUACUGUUAGUACGAUUUGCAUGCUGUACCGAAAAUUUGACAAUCUUUUCUGACCUGUACAAUAUUUACCUGAGCGAUCUUUUUCCCAGGUAUCUUGCAACGGGCUCAUCGUUCACAACACUCAGCUUUUCUUUCCGUAUGGGCCGCUCUACGGUAGCACAAAUAGUGCUAGAAACGUGUAAUGCUUUGUGGGAAAUUCUACAGCCUAUUUAUAUGCCUGCACCAACGGAACAAAUGUAUAGAGCUGUAGCCGAAGAAUACUGGCUAAAAUGGAAUUUUCCAAAUUGUAUUGGAGCUAUUGAUGGGAAACACAUACGAAUAAAAUGCCCAAAAGGAACUGGAUCGUUAUGCUAUAACUACAAAGGUUUCCAUUCAAUAGUUCUACAAGCAGUAGCAGAUGCCAAUGCAAAAUUUUUGGUGAUAGAAGUGGGAGGAUAUGGAAAACAGAGUGAUGGAGGAACUUUUAGUAGUUCCGAUUUGUACAAACUACUGGAAAAUGGCCAAUUGAACAUCCCUCCGGACACCCCAUUACCAGAUGAAGAGUUCAGCUUGGAUAUGCCGCACGUUUUCGUCGGAGAUGAAGCAUAUCCUUUAAUUAGAAACUUGCUCCGCCCAUAUCCCCGUUCACUACUCGAUUCGGAAAAGGAAUACUUCAAUUCACGGUUGUCCAGGGCCAGAAAGUGUGUGGAAUGUGCAUUCGGCAUUAUGACUGCAAAGUGGAGACUCCUUUGGAAACCAAUUGAGGUGGAAAUAGAAUUCGCGGAUGAGAUCGUGAAAGCUAUAUGUGUACUACAUAACGUCAUAUUAGAUCAUGAAGGACUUGAUUCCAUUCUGGACGAAAAUGUUGACAUAAAUAGAGUGCAGGGUAAAAAAAAUCAAGGUUGCGGAUCCAAUAAAAUUUGUACUAAAACUGGACGUUUCGUGCGAAACUAUUUUGAUGGUUUUGUGAACAAAAAUAAACUAAAUUAAUUUUAGAAAACAGGAUUUAUUUAGUUUUGCGUUGAAGAUUUCUU